AUGGAUAUUGAAAUUCAACGCCGGAAUGCACUCAUUUCUUUUGGAGCUUUAUCAGGUGCAGGAAUUAUUCUUGCUUUUCUAAGAACAUGGAAAUGGUUUUCAAGAUCUGGAAGAGAUAUAAUCGAUUUAGCAACAAUUGGAAAAUUUAUCUUGCAUUUAUGUGGAAUAAUUGGUACUGUUCUUUUACUUGUUACAGCUGGUGUUUCAAUUUAUUGUCUUAUUAUUUUUAAAAGUCAAUAUAAUGAUGAAUUUCAAACAAAUAUAAGUGGAUUGCAAGAUUUAUUGAGAAUUUUUAUUAUUGUUGCAUUUGUAUUAAAAACAAUCGAUAUUAUUCAUUUAAUUAUAAGACAAUCAAGAAUAGAAAUAUUUUUUAUGGAUUGGGAAAGAUCAAAAACAGGUAAUCCUAAUACUGUAUCGAUUUGGCGAACAUAUUUUGCAGCAAAUGAAUUGAAUGAAUUACAAACAUUUCGUCGUAUAAAUGUUCCAUUUCAACUUUUUUUUGUUUUAUUACUUCUUAAAGGAAUCAAUCUUGAAAAUAUUGCUUGUGCUCAAACUGCGAUUAAUGUAACUCCAUCUGCUGUUUGUAGUGAUGGAUACGUUCGAGUUUUUCGUAUUGGACUCGGCUUUUGUAUAUUACUUGGAACUGCUAUUAUUCAAUAUUUAGUUUAUAUACUUUUUUAUCAACGUAUAAUUGAAGAUAAAAUAAUAAAUUUUAUUGAUUUAUGUGCUGUAUCAAAUAUUAGUGUAUUUAUUCUUAAUGAUAAUUAUCGUGGAUAUUAUAUUCAUGGUCGAUCACCACAUGGUAUGACCGAUGUUAAUAUGAAAGAAAUACUUAUAAAUUUAUAUCGUGAAGAAAAUCGUAUGAGUGGUACAAGAGGUUUACAGGCUAAUUCAGAUGAACAAGUAUUUAUUAUGAAAAUUAAUAGAAGUUUUCGAACACAAUAUGAAUCAUUAUUUCGAAAUUAUUAUAAUUAUCAUGGACCACGAAAAGUACGAGAAGAUGUUGAACGUUAUACAAAUAUGCUUCUACAAUCCUAUCAAAAUUUAAAUGGUUUUCUAUGUGCAUUUAUUGAUCAUUCAUUAUCUUCACAUGAAUAUAUAAUUCGUAAUCGAUAUCUAAUCGAGAAACUUCUUAAUUAUGAAUUUCGUGUUCGAACAAAAUCUAAUUUUCAAGGACAAUCAGAUAAUUUCUUAUUUAUUGAUAAUGAAAAAACUUUUACAGAAAUUCUUUUUUAUGGUGAAGAAAGUACUUUAUUUAUUUGGAAUGUAACUACAUUUUUAUUUAUUGAUUUUCUUUCUGGUAAUUAUGUAUUAGCAGCUAUUAUUACUUAUAUAAUUAAUGCAAUUUUUGCUGGUAUACGUGAUUCAUUUGGACGAAAGAAUUUAUCUACAAAGACAUUAAUUCCAAAGAACUUUUUAAUUUAA